AGCGAAACGAGGGCGGCGCGUGGCAGCAGGAUACGCAUUUUCGUACGAGCGAGCCCUUCUUCCAAGAUGGAGUAAAACACGUGGUGGUGGCGAUUGUAGCGAUAUCCCGUUCCAUCUGCGCCUUCUCGAUAACCGUGACACAUUUAAUCGGCGACUAGCAGCAAUGGCACGUCGGUACGUCCCCAACAUUCUCAUCACCGGCACGCCCGGCACGGGAAAGACUACCCUUGCGUGCGAACUGGCGAGUCGCACGGGCAUGGACUGGCUGAACGUGGGUCAAAUCGCGCAAGAGAACGAGCUGUACGACGGCUUCGACGACAAAUACGGCUGCCCCGUGCUCGACGAAGACCGCGUAGUGGACGAGAUGGACGACAAGCUCUCGCUACAGGCCGGCGGCAACAUCGUCGAGUACCACGGCUGCGACUUCUUCCCCAAGCGCUGGUUCGACGUGGUCUUCGUGCUGCGCACUGAUAACACGCUCCUCUACGACAGACUCCGCGCCCGGGGCUACGCGGGCAAGAAACUGGAGGAGAACCUUCAGUGCGAGAUUUUCCAAACCAUUCUGGACGAGGCACGCGAGGCCUACGACAACGGAAUUGUGUUCGAAUUGCCUAGCAACACGCCAGAAGACAUGGAGGAUAAUUUGGACAGAAUAUGCACCUGGAUUGAACAGUGGCGCAACGCGGGCCAGUAGUACAGGGUGUCAAACUUUUCUGGAACUAUGGAACGUGUGCUUCGUCCAUGGGACAGCAGCUAGCUGCCAGCGAACUGUGUCGAACCGCUGUGGUGAUUACUCGUCUGCUCGAGAUGUUUGAGAUGUGCUGAUGCAACAACCGCGACAGCUGGAUGAACUGACGACCGAAAAUCGCUGUUUAUUUGAGUUGAUAUAAAUGCCUUUCUUUGAA